AGGACCCACGCGUCACACACCAGCCCGGGCAACUCGGAUGUCCCAGUUUUUCUAGCAACCAAAUUUCUGACACACGCAAGAGGUGACGCCAGCUACCUGCUGCCAGCUGCAGCGACAGUGACAAACGUGGAUUUUAUUGCAUUGAAAAAAAAAUACCUGGAGUAGGACUGACAUUCUUGCUGUCCCCAGACACCACACCGUCAAAUCUGCCACAUACACGCUUGAUAAACGUGAGUUUUGAAAGUAUGGCAUGAAGUAAUGUUAUGAAAAUAUGGAAAAAUUCCUACAUGGGUAGGAAAACCCAAUAUUUAGCAAUUGCUCAAAGCAGCGCAACACCCAGGGAAGAGACUCGCUUUAUUCCAAUGCUGCGUGUGCGGUGGAAAAGCCCAGCAAGCACAGGGAGGGGCACCUUCGUGCUGGGAUUUGGUCCCAAGUGGCAAAGUUUGUUUUUUUUUUUUAAAUAAAUCCUGAAAUCCAGAAGGCCCCAAGCUGCAGCCUGCAGUGCUGCCUGGCCAGAGCCCCCCGACAGCCGCAUGGCAGUGGGAGAGCGGCUGGGUGGGCGGCGGGCGGCAGCCACCCUCCUGCCUGCCAGCUGCUUGUGGGCAGGGGCGCGGGCAGCGCGUUGGCGGGGGCUGGCUGGAGCGCCCUGCUGACACAUGGAGAGAAAUCCCCACCUACGGGGAGCAUUGGUUUCAGUUUCGAGGUGCGCCAGACUGCACGGUGCGAGGGAGCUCUUCCCCCCAGUGCGGCCGUGCUGCUGGGGAGGGGGCGGCGGGCAGCUGCCCCCCGGGGGGCCACAGUGGCACAUGGCGGGAUGGACAGCAGCACAUCGCGAGGCUGCGGGGCGGCGCAGGCAGGGGGUUUCCAGCCAGAGCCAGUUCCCUGUAUCCCUGCACCUCUCCCGGUGACGCUCUGGGCAUGGUGAGCCCCAGCCAUGCCGGUGCCUUCACCCACGGUUCCAACCCCAGAGGAGGGGAGCGGGGUGGCCGGGUGAGCCCAGCCACACAAACCCCAGGCUUGGCACCCUGGAGGUGUCCGACGCGGGGCUGGCCACAGCCCUGAGCCUGGGGCUCUGCUCAGAGCCAGUGGGGAGGCAGCCGCAGCCCUGGCUGCCCACGUCCUCCCCGCCUUGGGACUCAGCGCCCCGCCUGGGUUUGAUCCUUCGGCUCCUCUGGGCUCCAACUUCCCUGUCAGCUCUAACCAGGCGGUUCCUGUUUCUCCGCCUCAGCCAUGACUCCGCGUUUUCCUGCGCAGACCUCUGCCCUCGUCCCCACCGCUCCCCUGGUGCCUCCACUACAGCCCCAUGGCAAAGCCAGGUGAUUAAAAAAGACUCAGCUUUGCCCUAAUUCAGAGCAUUUUCAUUUUUUUUUAAAUUCCCGUGAGCCAAAAUUCUCAAGAAAUACUGAGUUUGGAAAAACUUGGCAUCACCAACCUGCGCCCAGCCCAGGGGCUGCGGCGUGACUCAGGCGAUGGAGACCCCGGCUGGGCCCUACCCCUGUACCCCUGCUGCCACCCCCUGCCACCCCCGGAGCCAAAGGAUGGGGACACCAAAGCCAGACCUGGCACUCCAGCCCUGCCGGCACCAGUAACCCCUCUGUCAGCACAACACAACCACAUGCUCAGGCUUAAAAGUGGGUUUUGUGGUUGGUUUAAGGAUUCCGUGAUUAACACGCACCUCCAUUCAAAAAUCAUUUUUCUUCCUCUGCCAUGCAGGCAUGGGGACACCUGGGCGCUUCCCAGUGAGAGAAAAUGGGCUACCCAAAGGCCACGGGGGUGGCCACCCCGCUUGUACUCGUGCAGCCGCCCUGAGCUCAGCAGCACCCAACACCAGGCUGCUCCUCUGCCAGGGGACGAGGCAAGCGGGGGCAGAGGCAGACGCUGAUGCCCGGGUGAGAUACUGCAUCCCCACAUGGCCCUGCGCAGCACCACCAGCACCAGCAGAACCAGCACCACCAGCAAAACCAGCACCAACAAAGCCAGCACCAACAAAGCCAGCACCAGCAAAGCCAGCACCAACAAAGCCAGCACCAGCAAAGCCAGCACCAGCAAAGCCAGCACCAACAAAGCCAGCACCAGCAAAGCCAGCACCAGCAAAGCCAGCACCAACAAAGCCAGCACCAGCAAAGCCAGCACCAGCAAAGCCAGCACCAGCAGCAGCAGCAGGAGGGACUGCGGCAGAAGGGGAAGAGCAUCCCGGGGUGCCGCUCUCCCCUCUCCUGCAGCAACCGUGCUUGCUGCUGACUCAUUUUUGGCCAGCGAGCCCACACGAGGCACAGCACCUCCCGCCACCCUGCAGGGUUUUUCCUUUCUUCUUCUCUGUUAAACGGGCACUGAGUUACCAAAACCCCUCGUCACGUGGCGUGCGAUACAGCAGCCCUGCUUUCAUUUACUGGAACUGCACAGCCUCGAAUAAACACACGUUUCCAGCAGCCGAGCAGCGCCGCCGAUGCCCUCAGAGGUCGCGGGGUCCUGGCAGCACCCGCAGCCCCCUCCCUGCUGUCAGGGCUCGGAGCAGGGCCCUGGGACUGGAAGCCUCCAGAGCCAGCGCCUGCGAGAGGGAGAGAAAGCACUGGAGCUGGCGGAGGGCCAGGGCAUCGCCUGCGGAGGGACGAGCUCUCCGUCAGCAGGGACGGGAACGCCAGCCACAGGGCCCCACAUGUGGAUGCUUCACCCGCCUUGCCCCCAGGUUUACACCAGUGUGGAUCUGUGCCGGGGUCGGUGCCCCCCACGCCCACCGGUGGGAUGCUCAACCCCUGCCCCUGGGAUUCAGCCCUCCGCUUCCCACGCUUCCCUUUUUACAGGCAUUUAACAACAAGGGUUUAAGAUCAGCUCCUCUGGGGAGAGCCCACAGCCCAAACCCGUGUGGUUUCUGCUUGAAUGCCAUUAAUGCCUAAAUACUAAUUAAUUAACCGUUAAUGCUUAAAUAUUAAGCAAUAAUCAAAAUAAUGGAGGGAAUGCUGGGGAAGCAGAGGAAAGUUAGGCUUUAGCAUCCUUCCCUGGGCUGCGGGAGCGGUCCACACUGGGGAAAGGACAGCGUGUGCCCUUAGGGCAGAUAAAAAGUCCCUCAGCCAGGGGAAAUUGUAGCCUGUUCAAGCUCAGGGUCUCCACUUCACCCUGCCGGGGGUCCCGGCCUCCCCGCCCACACAGCCCACAUGCACUCAGGGUCCUGACGGCAGCGGGACAGGCUGCGCGGGGACCCCCUGCACCUCAUAGACCCGAACAAUCCCCCCGCGCCCUACCUGGCCUGGCCUCGCCGCAGCUCCCAGCCGGGACGUGCCGGCGGGUUUAUAGGGCCCGUCACCCCCCUGUCGAGGCGCGGGGAGGGAGAUUUCCCACGGCCGACGGGCACCCCCGCUCCCCCCGCAGCAGCUGGCUACACCCGUUGGGAAAGGCGGGGGGGGUCUCAUCAGGAAGGGCCUUUGCUGGGAAAAAUCUCAUUUCCCAGGGCUUGCAGCCAAAGCCAUGGGGACCGCGGCAGCAGCAGGGGAUGAGAUGCAGGCACCAAACCCCAUGGUUCCGGGGGGUGGCAGGAGGCUCUGCCACCCCUCAACUCUCUGGGCAGAGCACCCCCAAGCUCUCGGGCACCUGGAUGCUCUCCCAGCCUGCCCACUGGGAAGGACACUGUUAUCCCCCUGCCAUCCCUAGCAGAUGGGCUAAAAAAAGCCAUGACCUCCCUGCAGACCUUGCGGGAAAGGCUGCUGGCUGUCACGCAGGUGAUGGAAACCCUUCCCCAGGGAACAGCUCCGGCAAGCACCCAUCUGGGAUGCUCGCCCCACACAAGCCCUUCCCCUGCCCAGUAAGGCACCCUUUCCCUCUCUCCCGCUGCCAGGCUCUGGCUGUCACCCUGCUUGUGUGUGUCUCCUCCCUGGUUUUCACACUCAAUUUCUGUUUUGCAUGAUUUCGGCGUGGCCUGGAGUACGGUUCUUAUGUGUUUCAAGAAAUUGAACCGACCUGAAAAUGGCUUACGAGCAGUGUGGCAGCCUCGCCAGCGCUCCAGCCAAGCAUCCCCAGGAGCAUCCUUGCCCUUGGUCCCUCGACGCCUCCAGCCAGCAUGUUCCCACUGCUCAGUGGUGGCUUUAACCCUUCCAGUGCCGCUACCACCAGCUCCUAACCUCUGCUUCGCCGCAAUCACUCCAGUGGCAACCCCUGCAGCCACAGCGCUGGGGCGACCCCCCCGCUGGCCAUGCCCCAGGGAGCUGCCACGGGGAUGGUGACGGCUGACGCUCUGGCUUAUCUGAUGAGGGCGAGCGCCCACAGGCCAGGGAAAAACACCAGCCCCUUCACGUUCUCAUCUGUGGCUUUCACCGAUUUCUCAUACGAGAAGCAAAAGUCACCCACACUGAGAUGUCGCAGCCGCUCCCUUGCAGAAACAUCCCGUAAAAGAGGUUGGCUGUGGUGAUGAUGCUUAUUUGUAAUGUCUAGAGGGAACUCGAGGGUUAAUUAUAUAUUUCUGUGCAUUGCCCCUGUGACACUUUGAACUGCUACAUUCCCGCACAGCCCUUGGGCCAUUUCAUGUCCCAUCACCAAGUCUCUAACUGUAGGUGAGCUCAUCCAUGCUCAUCCACGCUAAAGCACCGAUGCUGCCAGCCCCCGCUCUCACUGGGAACACUUGGCUGUCCCCUGCCCCGAGGGGCUGGGGCAGGCGCUGUGCAAGCAGAGAGGGAAGCGGGGCAAGGGACCGGCGCAUGAUCCCUCCUCCCUAAUUAUUUCAGUAUGUGGCCAUGGGAGCCCGGUGCUGGAAGCGGCGUGCUGUUUCCUGGCCAACUUGGCUGGGACUCGAGGGAUCACAAGCCCCCAGAUGAACCCAGGAGCUGCGCAGGGCUGGAGGCGGCGGAGUCCGACACCAGCUACCUGGCAGCUGCAUCAGCCGCUCACUGCGCCGUGGCCCCUAACGCUUGGAUAUUGCCCCCAAAAAAGCCGGGGGAUGGGUGGUCCUCUUUAUCCAGCCUUCCCCAGGGACAUCCCUGGAGCUUGCCCCAGCAGAGCACAAGCCGGUGGGAAAUGUCCUACCUGGGGGGACAGCGGAAGAAAUCAUCCCACGGGCAAGAGGAGGAGGAGGGCUGGCACAUGCACAUGUGGCUGGAAAAUGCUCAACCCUCUCCCCUCCCACCUCCUUCCCCCCAAUACUGCAACAUAAAUGGAAAAUAUGCUGGCAGCCACUAGCAUCUCCCUGGAAAAAGCUGGCUCGCUGGCCCAGCUUCAAAAUCCAGUUUGCCAGAAACCCCCAGACCUCUUCAGCAUGCGGCUGCAAGCUUUAUGGAAAGCCAGAGUUUUCUGCAGAAAAGGGGUUGCGGGUUGGAGGUUGGUUUUUUUGGGGGUUGGGGUUUUUUUUGUAAUUUUUUGUCAUUGUCAAAAAUCUGAUUUUCCUUCUUAAAAGAAAAUAAGCAGCCCUGAAGGGGUGGAAACUCAUCCAGCUGGGCCCAGGGCAGUGCGCGGAGGGGGGCAGCAUCAGCAGUGCCAGUUGCUUGGGGAAACCACUGGAGUCAUGGAGCUUCAGCCCUCAGUGCCAUGGGCUGGGGUGGAAAAAAAAAAAAAAAAGAGAAGAAAAUUUGCAAAAAAAGAAAAGAAACGUGGAAAUGCUGCCUUGGCUUCAUUUUCCUGUCAGACUCUGCUGCCAGGGAGUGUGGGGUGAAGGUGCCUUUGAAGAAGCAGCAGCAAGAGGUUUGGGUUUAUCUUUUAUUUUGAGCACAUUUUGGAGCACAAAGCCUUGCAGGGAAAUCCUCUUGAGUCGGCUGGCAGCACCGCAGGGAUGCCAGGUCCCUGCUGCCCUGCCCCGGGGAGAUGCGGUCCCCCAGGGCCCACAUGCCAUGAGAUGCCACCGCCUGCAUCUCCCCUGGCGCUCAGCUGCAGAAAUCAGUACGGGCAAAAGCAACAACCCCAAAACGUCCUAUCAGCCAGCCGGGAUCCCACGGGAUGGCCGAUUUGCCGGGCAUGCUGGCACCUGCCCUCCCGCAGAGCAAAAACCGAAGUCGCUAAGUCACAGCAAAACCAUGAAAGCAAAACCACAGAGCCCCGAAGUGCCUCUGAGUCACUCCCCCGGCCGCCACCACGGCCCCACAGCCCUCCAAAACUCGUCGCCACCUGCAGCCGGCCCCAAACUGCCGAGCUGUGCUCAGCCCGCCGGCAUGGCACGGGCCAGGCUGCGCAUCUGGCGGGUAGCAGAGCCCCCUGCCCUGCCGGCAGCCAUCGCCCUCCCACCGAGCGCUGGGCACAACGGGGCAGACCCGCAGCCACCGGGCACCCCACAUCUGCCACUGAGCCAAAACCCACCCUGCAGCCCCCGCUUGCCCGCACCACUUCCAGCCAGAACACUUCCUUCCCCUCUUCCCUGUAAAAGCGCCCAUAUUUUUUAUUAUUAUUAUUUUAAAUUGUGAAAAGUACUCAUGUGAAACUUGAAUGGAGAUGAAACAUUCACAGAAAGUGCUACGGGGAUUAGUCACCGGUUGUAACAUCUCUAUUUACAUGAGUCAUGGAAGGUGGCUGCACUGCUCUUAAAUUAAAUCCCCGCCGGAUUUUUGGUUUUUGGGCUGUCCUCGGGAGACCUUUCAGUGACUUUUCUCCAGUUCUGAGCAGAGCUGGCAGCUGCCUCCGGGCAGUGCGCUCACCGAAACGCCCGCAGGAGCAGCAAGGGCUUUGCCGUGCGAUUACGCAGCAGCCAGGGCCGGAGGUGAUGCCCGGUGGGCAGGAUUUGCCCCCCCCCCCCCCCAACCACCUAAUUCUCCCAUCGGUGCCCAAGAUGGGAAGAGGAAGAGGCGGCAGGUGCCAGGGAGCGAUGGGCGCCCGGGAUGCAGCCGGGUGAUGGCAGGGGCCAAGCGGCGGCCGUGAGCCCCGCAGAGGUGCCGACAGGGUCUUGUGCUGCCGCAAGGCUGCGUGCCCCAGCUGAAAAAGGGAACUCGGCCGGGAAGGCGGCGGGGCAGGCCCGUUAUGAACGGGCGCCGUGCUCCAGCGGCCACAAGACCACCGCACCGGGGAACCUCCAUCCCCAGGGCCGGUGGCAGAGCCCUGGGACAGCGCACGGGUCCAUGCAUGCGCUGGAGAUGCCGUGCUCCACCCCACCCCAGCCCGACCACCAAAGGCACACAGCGAUGGGGGUUAGAAGCCAAGAAACACCAAGGAGGAAAAGAAACAGCCUGCGUGGGGCUGGAGGGGGAACACACUGCCACAGGGUGCCCCCGAGGCCGAAAGCCGAGCGAGGGAGGGGGCAGGAGGGGGGAACCCAGGCUCCUGCAGGCACCCCUGAGCUGCUCAACCCCUUGCAGAGCCACCGGUCCAGGACAGCCAUCAGGAAAGGGGAGGGACCCCAAGCAAGCAGGGUCUGGGAUGUAGCAGGGGUGGGGUGGGGUGUGUGUGCAUUUCCUCCCCAUGGCAUAAAGGGGCAGGUGCCAGGUGGUGGGACCCCGGGAGUGGCAGGAGGACACCUCACUGCUGCCUCUGCUUCCCCAAAGCCCAGGGGAGAGCAUGCAAACAGCUUGUGAGCGCGACGUAAAAAUAAAAGCCCAGAAAGGUGACUAAGCACUCUGGGUAGCGAGGCAUGACGCCAAGGCGCCCAGCCGUGAGCUGCCGCCCGCGGGUACCCAGGCAUGGGACCCCAGUGUGGCAGCAAGAGCCCCUCAGGUGGUGCUGAUGGGUGGCAGCAAGCCUCCUGUCUGCCCCAUGUCCGUGCCGUGCCCGAGCAGAGCUGCUGCCCUCUGCCAAGCCCCCAAGGGGCCCAGCAGCCCAGCUCCCACCCGAAGGCAGAGACCAGAGGCAGGUCCCAGGGUUGCCCCAAGGACCCCCCAGCCUAGGGCUCGCCAGGGGGCUGGAUGGGGGGGGGGUGUUCCCCUGCCAGCAGGGUGCUCACCCCCCUGCAGUAGGGGCGAGCAAGAGCUUGCAAGGGAGCUGGGGGAGGCUUCAAGGGGCUGGGAUGCCAGGAGAUGCAGAGGAGGGAGGGGGGGGAACCCCUUUCUGUUGAGCAGAGGGGG